CUUUUUUUUUUUUUUUUCUCUAUUCCCUUUUUCCACCAAUCCUUCUUCUUUUUAGGAACACUUUUAGACAUAUACAAUAAUGUUCCCAUCCGCUUCUACUCUUUUGCGAUCCACUGCCGCCGUUGCUCGUCGUUCUUUUGCUACCACCGGUUAUGAAUCCACUGCCAAGAACUUGAUGAUUGGAAAGAACACCAAGGUUAUCUGUCAAGGUUUCACUGGUAAACAGGGUACUUUCCAUUCUCAACAAGCUAUCGAAUACGGUACCAAUAUGGUUGGUGGUGUGUCUCCCAAGAAGGCUGGUCAAACUCACUUGGGUUUACCUGUAUUUGCCAAUGUCCGUGAAGCUGUGCAAGAAACCAAGGCUGAUGCUAGUGUAAUCUAUGUUCCUCCUCCUGGUGCUGCUGCUGCCAUUUUGGAAGCUAUUGAAGCUGAAGUUCCUUUGGUUGUUGCUAUCACUGAAGGUAUUCCUCAACAUGAUAUGGUCCGUGUCAAGCAAGCCUUGUUGACUCAAUCCAAAACUCGUUUGGUUGGUCCCAACUGUCCUGGUAUGAUCUAUGCCGAAGAAUGCAAGAUUGGUAUCAUGCCUGGUAGCAUCUUGAAGAAGGGUAAGAUUGGUAUUGUCUCUCGUUCUGGUACUUUGACUUAUGAAGCUGUGCAACAAACCACUGAUGUUGGUCUUGGUCAAACUCUCUGUGUUGGUAUUGGCGGUGAUCCUUUGAAUGGCACCAACUUUAUUGAUUGUCUUAGCGUCUUUUUAGAAGAUGAUAAAACCGAAGGUAUCAUCAUGAUUGGUGAAAUUGGUGGUGAAGCUGAAGAAGCUGCUGCUGAUUUCCUUAAACAAUACAAUCAAACCCGUGCUGUGCCCAAACCUGUUGUUUCCUUCAUUGCUGGUGUCACUGCUCCUCCUGGUCGUAGAAUGGGUCAUGCUGGUGCUAUUAUUUCUGGUGGUAAGGGUGGUGCUCAAGAUAAGAUUAAGGCUCUUGAAAAUGCUGGUGUCCGUGUUACUCCUUCUCCUGCCAAGUUGGGUGUUACCCUUCAAGAAGCUAUGGUUGAAGCUGGAUUGGCUUAAGCAGUAUGAAAUCAACACCAACUGUAUACAUUAUUUUGUUUUUUCCUUUCGCUCCUCAUUAUUGUUAUUUUCUUUCGUGUAUCAAAAUAAAAUCAUUUUUAUUAUACUUCUUA